GGAAUACAAGAAGUUCUGAAAGGGCAAAAGCAGCAGGCAAAGAUGCUGAAAGCUUUAAUGCUUAAAAGCACUGGAAAUGCAGAAGGUGAAAAAAGCGAAGAAGAAAUCCAUGUGCAGAUUCAUGAAGCAUCAGAAGGAGGAAUAGAUAAAUCAAUUUUGGUCUCAGAUAUGCCUGGUUUUGACCUACAUCUGGAUCUAACACAGAAAGAGAAGGAAAGAACAAUAGAAAAUAAUGAAACUGGUCUAGGAUGUGAGAAUGAUGCAGAAGGUCUAGGAAGUGAGGAGGCAGAAGGUCUAGGAAGUGAGGAGGCAGAAGGUCUAGGAAGUGAGGAGGCAGAAGGUGGUAUAGGCAGUGAGAUGGCUGAAGGUCUAGGCAUUGAGGAUAAGAAAGAACUUCGAAGUGAGGAUGCAAAUCCCAUAUGUGCCCAAAAAGAGAAUUCAGCAAUCUAUGAAGAUGACAUGAUACUCACUCUUGCUCAAGCAAGCAUUAACACACAAGAGUUGGAAAUGCAUGUUGACAGCGCCAUUCAUAAUGUCAUUAAGGACUUGAAGCAAACAAAGGAAGAUGAAGCAAUGACUGUUGAUGCUGGUGAUUCAAAAGAAACAACAACUCCUGAACAAGAUGAAGAACAGAACAUUGAAGGAGACAGUGAAUCACAUAAAUGUGAUGAAAGAAAUAAAGAGAAAGGACAACAAGAGAACAUGGAUGCUCACAAUUCUAAAGAUAAGCAUAUUGCAGUGGCAUUUUAUUACCUGGCACUGAAAAGAAAACAAUACCAAAUCAAGCAAAAAUAUGCCACAACAGACCCAUUAUUUAUUGGGGUGAUGAAGUUGAAGUGUGAAAUGGUCACUAAUGACAAAACAACAAUGACUGAGGCAGCUUCUAAUAGAAACAUAAUGAACACAAUGCUUGGAUCAAAUGGGUUGCCAUGGGAAGAAGCUGACUUUGUAUACAUGCCACUGAACAUAGGGAUGCACUGGAUACUCUUGGUG